AAUGAAAAUGCCGAACAAGUGAUAGAUUCCUUUACCUUAUCACUACAAUUAUUUUGGAAUUUUAUUGGUAUCAUCUUGGAAGUAUUAUUCUUAUGAACGUUAAUAAUUGAACAAAAUGCUCCCAUAUGAAAAUCAAAUGUUUCUGGAUAUAUUACAUGAGGAUGGCCUUGUAAUAUGUGCUAAGGGUCUUGGAUUGGAAAUUGUGUUAUUAAACAUUAUUAAAGUGUUUUGUGACCCUGGUAACUUGGUAUUAGUUGUUGGUUCAUCUACUCCCGAAGAAGAUUUUUGGAUUACUCAAUUAAAAAAAGAUGGUAUUAAACCAUUACCAAAAAUACUAUCAGCUGACAUUUCAAUAGCUGAAAGAGAAAAAAUUUAUCUUCAAGGUGGAGUAUUGUUUGUAUCAUCCAGAAUAUUAGUUGUGGAUCUUUUAAAACACAGAAUUCCCACACCACAUAUAACUGGAUUUUUGGUUUGCCGAGCUCAUAAUAUUUUAGAAUCUUGUCAAGAGGCAUUUGCUCUAAGAUUGUACCGCAUGGAAAACAAAAGUGGAUUUAUAAAAGCUUUUUCAACCUCAUCACAAACAUUUACUUAUGGAUUCACUAAAAUUGAAAAAAUUAUGAAAACUUUGUUUGUUCCUAAAUUAUAUCUUUGGCCUAGAUUUCAUCUUGCUGUCAAGUCAAGUUUAGAUAAAAUAAAUCCUGAAGUUAUAGAGUUACAUGUUGAAUUAACACCUGCUAUGAUAGAAAUCCAAACGUCUUUACUUGAUCUUAUAAAUUAUUCAAUUAAAGAGCUUAAGAGACUCAAUCCUUCGCUUGACACUGAAGAAAUUACUGUUGAAAACAGUUUAUCAAAAUGUUUUCAUAAAAUAUUACAAACACAAUUAAACCCAAUUUGGCAUAGAUUAAGUAGUACUACAAAGCAAUUGGUGUCUGACCUUAAACUUCUACGAAAUUUAAUGAUGUCUGUCACAUCUUUAGAUGCUGUUCGAUUUCAUUCCAUGUUAUCAAAUUAUUCUUCUGUAGAUUAUGUACAUCGUAGUUCAGGAUGGUUAUUACUUGAUGCUGCAGAAACAUUAUUUAUUACAGCUAAACGUCGUUUGUUUAAUUCUAAAAAAGAAAUUUGUCCGGAACAUAAUCCCAAAUGGGGAGGAUUGGCAGAAAUUUUAAAAGAAAUUGAACAGAAUUCAAAAGAUAAUGGUGAAAUUGUAUUAGUACUUGUACAAUCUGCAAAAACGUGUUGUCAAUUAAAAAAUCUUCUUGUCAAAGGAGCUGAUGAUUUACUCUUAAAUUUGUAUAAAAAACAUAUUAAAGAUAAGCCAACAAUAUCUACCCAAAAUAAUACAACUAAUGAAGAAUUGGAAGUAAAUGAUAAUUUAAACAAUGAAGAAUUGGAUGAAGACGAUUUAAAUAAUUGUUUCACUUUAACUCAAAGUAAAAAUGAAGAUGGAUUAAGGUUCACUGAAUGUGCUAAUGAAUCUCGAAAUGAAACAUUAAAAGAACCAAUUAUAGUAUUACAGCAGUAUAAAAAAGAUGGAGAUUUUUUAUCUCUUCCUCGCACACUAAGGGAGUUACAACCUAAAUAUAUUGUUAUGUAUGAUGCAAAUAUGACAGCAGUCAGACAAAUUGAAGUAUUUCAAAACUCUGAUGCCAAAUUGAAGUUGGUUGUUUAUUUUUUAAUAUUCGGAGGAUCUACUGAAGAACAAGCUUAUUUAACUACUCUUAGAAGAGAAAAAUUACUUUUUGAUUUUCUAAUCAAAGAAAAAGCAGUUAUGGUUAUACCCAAAGGUCAAGAUGGUAAAGAUGAAGAUUGUCCUGAAUUAACUCGAGAUCUGGGUGUUCACCCUUCAGAAAUGUUGGAUGAUGACGAUAAGACAUAUAAACCAGGAGAAAAGUCUGGUAAAAAAGAAAUUCCUAAAGUUAUUGUAGAUAUGCGGGAAUUUAGGUCGGAUUUGCCUGUGUUACUUCAUCGCCGUGGCAUUGACAUAGAACCAGUCACAUUACAAGUUGGUGAUUACAUUUUGACUCCAGAAAUGUGUGUAGAAAGAAAAAGUAUUGAUGAUUUAAUUGGUUCUUUAAAAUCUGGUAGAUUAUACCAUCAAGCUUUAAUGAUGUGUCGUCAUUAUACAAAACCAAUAUUACUUAUCGAGUUUGAUCAAAAUAAACCAUUUGAUUUACAGGGAAGAUUUUAUCUUAGCAAAGAUAUGACAACUAGUCAUCGCAAUGACAUAACUUCUAAGUUGCAAUUGUUAACUUUGCAUUUUCCAAAGCUACGAUUAGUAUGGUCUCCUAGUCCUUUUGCUACAUCAGAACUAUUUCAAGAACUUAAGGAGGGGAAAAGCCAGCCAAUAUCAUCAGAAGCUGCCGCAGUUGGUUUGGAGGCAGGACAAAAUUUUGAUGAAGAAAUAUACAAUGCCAUUAUUAAGGAUUUCAUGAGUAAAUUACCAGGUGUUACUACUCAGAAUAUAUUAAACUUAUUGAAUAAAGGACAGUCGCUUACACAUAUGCUGAAAAUGUCAUUACAAGAAUUAAAAACAAUUGCUGGUAACUCUCUGGAUGCAGAGACUUUGUACAAUGCACUUCAUAAAAAAGUUAAACCAACCACUGAGCAAUCUGGUGUUAAGCCUCAAGCAAAUAAGGGUUUUCGAGCAACAAUGAAUAAAAAACGAUUUAAACAUACAAAUCCAAAAUCCAAAUAAUCAAAAUAAUCUGUAUUUUUUAUGCUUACAAUAUUUAUUUAUCUAUUCCU